AUGUCGGUUAUAACGAUUUUUGUUCAAAGUGAUAACGCGUCUUCUGAACGACGUUUCGAUAAAGGUAUCACCAUAAGUCAAUUAAAAAAUAAACUUGAACCAAUAACUGGUGUAUCGGUUGGUUCACAAAUCUUGCAACUUUAUAAUGGUGACACGCUUGUCACUACUGUUGAAGGAGAUGAUUUUAUGUUGGGAGCUUUUCCAAUUGACAAUUAUAUGACAUUAAAGGUUAUUGAUACUAGUCCUAAUAGUAAUAAGCUAAAAUUUAAUGAUUUGUCUCAAGUAGAAAAAUAUGAAUUGCCAGAUGAUGAAUAUGAAAAACGUACAGAUUCUAUACUUGCAUUUAAACGACGUAAUAAAUUUGGAAGAUUUUCAGAUGAAGCAAAAUCAACAACUUCAGAUUCGACUUAUACAUAUGAAGAAGAGGCAAAAUCAAUUAAAGUGGGAGAUCGUUGUGAAAUUGAUUUUGGUGAUGGGGGUGAAGAUGGUUUGAAAAGAAGAGGAACAGUUAGAUAUGUUGGAGAAACGAAGUUUAAACCAGGUUAUUGGGUCGGUGUUGAGUAUGAUGAACCUGUUGGUGAAAAAUAUUUUAACUGUUCAUCAAAACAUGGAGCAUUUGUUCGACCAAAUAAAGUUAAAGUUGGUGAUUUCCCUGAAGAAAACAUCGAUGAUGAAGAAAUGUAA